UGAUGCGACACCACUCAGUCUAGCAAUUGAUACCCAUUGACCUCUCAAUCCACCUCAUCUCCUGUCCACAAACCGUCAGACAUAGAGAUUUCGUCUUAAACCUCCAACCCCACCAACCCGAUCCCCGACCAACAGACCACCACCCGCCCACCUCCGUCCACCCUCCGACCUCAAACCACCACAUCCAUCGCAAACCCCCAACCCAAACCUCAUACCGCAACCCAAAAUGCCACCACCAAAUAACCCACCCCCUCAAUCGCCCAAAUUCCGCGUCCUCCCCCCAGACCUCGCCAAACUCCGCCGCGGCGCUCUCCCCCGCUCCAAGCUCACCUCCAACCCCCAACCGCAAUCCCAAUCGCCCUCGGCCUCACAACCACAACCCCAAGCUCAAAAACGCCCCUCCUUCUUCGCCCACCUCCGCAACACCUACGCCUCCCUCCCGCGUCCCUACCGCACCACCUUCCGCUUCAUGGGUACUCUCCUCCCCCUCGUCCCGAUCGGGCUUUUCUUCUCCGAACAUGUUCUCCAGGUCAUGUGGGUGCGCGGACCGAGUAUGACGCCGUACUUGAAUGAGGAUUAUGAGAAUAUGCAGACGAAGAGUGAUGUCGUUUUGGUGAAUAUGUGGGGUGGGGGUGGCGUGUGGCCGUGGGAGAGGAGGAGGAGGUUGGAGAGGGGGAUGGUGGUUACGUUUCGGUCGCCUGCGAAUCCUCGGCAUAUGGCUAUUAAACGGAUUAUUGGGUUACCGGGGGAUCAGAUCACGACGAGACAACCUUGUAUGAAGGAGACGCAGAUCGUGCCGUAUAAUCAUGUUUGGUUGGAGGGGGAUGCCCAGGAUCCGAAGAAGACCAUGGAUAGUAAUUCUUAUGGGCCGGUGAGUAUUAGUUUGAUUACGGGCCGGGUGAUGGCUGUGUUGCAUCCAAGGUGGAGGUGGUUGGAUUGGUCGGAUUGGGAGAAUGGGGUCGUGGAGGGGGAUGUGGAGAGGAGGUUUGGGGAGGAUUAUAGGCAGGAGGUGCGUGAUCGGGUGUUGAAGGAGGCUGUCAAGUUGGAGAGGCCGUUCUUGGAGUGAACGGGUGGUUAUGGAUGGAUUAUGUAUUAUUAUUAUGCGCUGUAUAUAGACGAUACUUUGCCUUGUAUUAGAUAGAAGCAUCAUGGAGCGGUAGAUCUGCCUGCAGAAAUUGACACUCGAUGUCCCUGUGCUUGGUAUGCUAUGUGAUUAUGCGCACAUCCUCCGGUUGAUCCUCCUGUAACCGAUUAAUCUCGGAUGCGAUACUCAGCACCCACCGGUCCUUCUCUAUCCGACUCCGGGCUUUGAACACAAUGGUCCGCCCGUGGACUCCAAGCGUUGACACUUGCUUGAGCCUCUGCUUCGUCUGUCCUGUCAGCCCGUGCUCUCGUGCGCGAAAUAGGUUCUUCUUGAGAGGCUGCCAGAUUAC